GUCAGUUCCACAGAUAGUAGCGAAUCUUCCGGGAGUGAGUUUAAAUCUACCACAGAAACCAAAAUGGCAAAGUUACCCUGCAGCUACGAUGCGGCUAACAAGAUCUGGAAGGGUAUCCCGCAGAACCCUGCCUUCAGGGACGACGUCUCUAUUGGCCGGAUCAUCUUCAGGACGAUGAGAAACUGGUCCAACAAUCUCUGCCAGAUUUCGGACACCGAUGGCACGGAGGUCACUUUCAAGCAGGCUUUUACUUGGGCUGUGCGCAUUGCCCAGCACCUGAAGAGUCGUGGCUUGGAUAACAACGACGUCAUCGGCAUCUCUGCCAAGAACACCACCUACAUCAUGCCUGUUGCCGUGGCCUGUUUCUUUAACGGAACUCCCUUCCAGUCGGCCAAUCCAAUUCUUGAAGAAUCUACCCUGAAGCACUUGUAUAGCAUUUCCAAGCCAAAGGUGAUUUUCACCGAUGCUGUGCACUACGAUAAGUUGUAUUCAGCCACCAGUGACUUUAAACCGGAGAUUAUCUUGACCACUGGCACUAAGGAAGGCGUUCUCAGCGUCCUGGAUCUGCUGGAGCCUACCAAAACGGAGAUCUUUUAUCAGCCAACUCCUUUGAAGGAGGGACCCAAGCAAACGGUGGCCAUCCUCACAUCAUCAGGCACCACAGGUUUGCCCAAGGCCGUGUGCAUUUCCAACGAUAUUUUGUGCCAAGAGACUUCCUUUGUCACCUCAACGGACGUCUCCUUCGUCUCAGCCAGCUUGGACUGGAUCACGGGUCUGUGGGCCACGCUUUUCAGCACUGUGAACGGUUGCUGCCGCAUCAUCACCAACAAGCCCUUCACUCCCGACUACUUCACCGAGCUGGUGACCAAGUACAAGAUUACGUACGUUCUCAUCCCGCCGGAGCACUGUUGUGCGCUGCUCGAGUAUCCGGGUGCCACCCAGGAGACCAUGUCCAGUAUCAUAAAGUUCACAUUUGGAGGUGGCCGGAUGACCGCCCCCACCGUUGAGCGCCUCAAGAAGCUGCUGGUGAACGCUGUGCUCAACUCUUCUUACGGAAUGACCGAGGUUGGUUUCAUGGCGUUCAACUACGGACAUCUGAAGCUGACCGCCGCUGGUAAUCCACUUCCUGGUGCCCAAAUCAAAAUUGUGGACGAUGACGGCCACAAAUUGGGACCGAACGAAACCGGUGAGAUCGUGGUGAGCAACGGCUUUAACUGGAAUGGCUACUAUGCGGACCCCAAGUCCACCAAGGAGGCUCUGGACGAAGACGGUUGGUUCCGCACUGGUGACGUGGGAUACUUUGACGAUGACCAGUACUUGUACAUGACCGACCGCAAGAAGGAGGUUCUCAAGUGGAAGGGUCUGCAGAUGUGGCCCGCCGAGGUGGAGGCUGUGAUUGACGAGAUGCCCGAGGUGAAACGCGUCUGCGUCAUCGGCAUCUACGAGGAGACUCAGGGUGAUAUGCCAGGUGCUCUGGUCGUGCCGGAGGAGAAGAGCAACCUCACUGCCCAGCAGGUUAUCGACUAUGUCGCCAGUCGACUGCCCGAUGUUCAGAAACAGCUCCGUGCCGGAGUCCAGUUUGCGGAUGAGAUUCCUUUGAACGCCAACGGCAAGCCAGUCCGUCGUUACGCCCGGGAUCUCUUCGUGGCCCUCUCCAAGAAGUGAUACUCCUUCCUGACUUUUCAUUUUCCCAUAAUUUAAACUUGUUUUAGUCCGUUAGGUUAGUAAGACUUCUUGAAUUGUAUUUACACGCCUGUAGGCUUUUUUGGUGCAAAAAUAUAUACAAA